GAUCUGCUCGCCGUGAGACAAAAGCCAAUCGUCAAGAGGCAAGAUGGUGGAAAAGAAAGGGCAGUUGAUUACAGCUUGCUAGCAAGGGGGAAGAUGGCCGACUAAUGUCUCAAAGAACCAUCUUACAGAACAAAGACUAUAGCCAGUUAUAAAGAGGGCUGGUCUCUGAGUGAGGGAGGCAUCUGGUCUGAGGGUGGGGGCAUCCAUCUGGUCUUAGUUCCUGGCAGUCUUUUGUUUUACUUGAUAUGCAUCAGGGACUGGAGCAACGCCCUCUACCCUGAUCUUUCAGUUGUCAUUGAUGAUGGCUAUCAGCAUAGAGUCUGCCUGGGGGUCAUCACAUUAGUAAGGAGCUCAAAAGAACAAAGUUAUCAACUUAUAGCAGCUGGGAGGGGCCAUAAAUUCCAGAGUUAGUCAGAGGUCAUCCAAAGUUGCAACAUGGUUUCUUUUCUACAAUAUGGCCUCCCUUAUGUCAACCCUGUAUUGAGCUGGUAUCAAGAAUGUUUCUAGCACAAAGUGCAGGAGGCAGGGAGACCCCAGUCAGGCUGGUGCCGUUGUCCAGGGGACAGAGGUGGAGGGCCCUGGCCUGGGCUUGAGAGGAGGAUGCAGAGAGCGGACUAGGUCUGAGGACUGCAGGAGGUGAAGCCGCAGGAUUUGGUAACUGGUUGUACAGAAGGCCUCUUUGACUCAGGGGUAGUAAAUACAGAAAAAGCCUUUUCUAUAAUAUUCUUCCCAAAGUGUGAUUUAUAGUAUGCUUUGUAAUGUAGUCAAUUAUGCACUUGAAUAAUAAUCAACAUCCUUUAUUCAGCACCUACCACUGUGUUGUGUGCUCUGCAUGUCAUAUCUCAUUUCAAUCUUACUCCAGCUCUCUGGGUUAUGAAUUAUUUUCUCUAAUUUGAUUUAAAACUGAGGCACAGAUCAGUUAGCUAACUUUCCUAAAGUCACAGAGCUAGGAAUACCUGUUCAUGGAGCAAAGCCUGUGACUUUUGAUCUGGGCAGAAUUAUAAAAGCAUCAUAUAUACCUGCAUGAUGUAUUCUUUCCCACAAUUUCCCAGGAAGUUCUUUUAGGGUGAAAGGACUUUCCAUAGCUUCAGAAUGGACAGAAAUCCUACAUCUUAACUCCCCGAAUCAUGUGGAAAUUUAAGAAGUUCCUUGAGACCAAACAAUAUAAUGAAAGUUUCAUAGUGUCAUUAAAAUUCUCAUUUGGCUUCCAUUUCUAGAGGAAUAAUAGGGUUAAAGUUGAAGCAGCGGAAACAGGGAGAGAGGACCAUAGACAUAUUUGAAAUGUGCCUGAUUAUUUUAAUUAUUUAUAUUGGUUCCAAUUUUAGCCAAAUAAGACUGCCUUUCCCCCUUCUCCCACUCCUGUCUUCCCAAACGGCUGAACUGUGCUUCGUCUUUAAGAUAGUCUGGUCUUAAAUAGGCUGUACUCCCCAGAGAAGACGUACCUUUCCAGAACGUGCUUUCCAAGGCUGAGAUCUAGCUAUGUCCUGUGGGUGCUGGGCAGGCCGUGAGCUGCAAUUUCCUAAUAACAGUUGCACCACGUGACACAAUCCUGCCUGCCUCUCCUGGCAGUCAAGGUAUCCUCCCCUUGUCAAAGGCUGCAGGAACAUUUCAUUAACGAGGCUCUGGAGACUGCCCAGCCUCCUUCUCUGGACGCUCUCUGCUGGGCUUUGUAGGCUGGGGGCCUUUUCGGAACCAUGAGAAGCAGCAUCGCCUAGGGAGGAGCAGGGCUGAGUCACAAAGCCUGGGUUUGGGCCCCAACCCAGGCCACCUGCUUAAUCUCCGUGGGACCUUGGGCUCUUUGAGACCGGGGACUGUCUCUUGGUCUGCGCUUUCCCUGGCACUCAGAAGUGACCUGGCCCGUCCUGUGCCCUUGUUUCCUGACCUGGUCAGGGAAGAGUCCAGGAGAGAUGCAAACUUCUUCAACCACCACAUCCUGGGGCCAUUUUGGUGGUGUGCCAGUGAGUGUGCAGAGCUGCAGGAUAAAGUGGGCCCAGCUCACUCAAACAUCAGUUUUGCUGAAAGAUCCAAGGGAAAAGAAUUUUUUUAAAUAAAACAAAUAUGGAUAUGUCGUGAUAUAAGAUGCAAAAUUUACAUGAACUUUUAAGACAAAACAAGACAUAUCACGUUUGGUUGUUUGGAUGGCUUUAGGCCAUAGCUCCAGACCCUUCAGAGUUAGUUUCCUUUGCUGAAGGGAAUAUUUCUGUGGAAAUUUUCGAGAAGAAAACUGAGCUGGAUGAUCUGUCAGUGACUCUUUGUGGGAAGGAAGAGUAGAUUUAUAGUCCUGCCCUUCCACUGAAUUUCUGUUUUCCCAUUCUCUCCAAAUGGUGAGUCUGGGGGUCAGGAUGGGGAGGGCAGGGCAUGAGGCAUCCCUGAGAUAUGCCUGUCUUGACUAUUUUUUCUUCUCUGUCUCUCUGUUCCUGAUGGUGGAAUGGAUGGGUCUCUCUCUGUGUAUCUGGUCACCCACCUUUUGGGACCUUCCCUCCCUUCUGCUGGAAUAAUCCCUUCUCUGGAUUAGCCCAGCACUUGUUCUGUUCUUUCUGGUCUCUCUUCCUCUCCCAUUACCUUGGCUGUCUCUUGGAUAAGGAAUUGCUUUACCUCUUACUGCUUGCUGAUAUCUUUUAUCACUAUUCUAUGAUGUUAUCCUCCUGUUCUCAUAAAGGAGUCUUUCUCUGGGAUUAUCUUUUGAAAUCUGAACAAAACAGUCAGGAGUGUGAAAUUUGCCAGUUCACAUCCUAACAAGCUGUCACACAGGUACCCAUUGCUUUCAAGGUCUCACACUCUCCAAGAGGAUUGAAGAAACCUCCUGCGUGAGACGCUUUCCUGAGUCCCGGACCCUUUUUCCCUCCGGAAAUACUCCACGGCGGGUAUUUAUUUUUUGGAAUACGAGCAACCCCACAUCAUGGACCUCGUCGGGUUGCUGAAGUCUCAGUUCCUGUGUCACCUCGUCUUCUGUUACGUAUUUAUUGCCUCGGGGCUAAUAAUAAACACCAUUCAGCUGUUCACUCUCAUCCUCUGGCCGAUUAACAAGCAGCUCUUCAGGAAGAUCAACUGCCGGUUGUCUUACUGCAUCUCCAGCCAGCUGGUGAUGCUGCUGGAGUGGUGGUCGGGCACGGAGUGCAUCAUCCACACAGACCCCCGGGCGUACCCCAAGUAUGGAAAGGAGAAUGCCAUCGUGGUUCUGAACCACAAGUUUGAGAUUGACUUUCUCUGUGGUUGGAGCCUGGCCGAACGCUUUGGGGUUUUAGGGGGCUCCAAAGUCCUGGCCAAGAAGGAGCUGGCCUACGUCCCCAUAAUCGGCUGGAUGUGGUACUUCACGGAGAUGGUCUUCUGCACACGCAAGUGGGAGCAAGACCGCAAGACCGUCUCGCAGAGCUUGCUGCACCUCCGGGAUUACCCAGAGAAGUAUUUUUUCCUGAUUCACUGCGAGGGCACCCGCUUCACAGAGAAGAAGCACCAGAUCAGCAUGCAGGUGGCUCAGGCCAAGGGGCUGCCCAGCCUCAAGUACCACCUGCUGCCGCGCACCAAGGGCUUCGCCGUCACCGUGAGGAGUUUGAGAAAUGUAGUUUCAGCUGUAUAUGACUGUACACUCAAUUUCAGAAAUAAUGAAAAUCCAACACUGCUGGGAGUCCUAAAUGGAAAGAAAUAUCACGCAGAUUUAUAUGUUAGGCGGAUUCCUCUAGAAGAAGUCCCGGAAGAUGAGGACAAGUGUUCAGCCUGGCUCCACAAACUCUACCAGGAGAAGGAUGCCUUCCAGGAGGAGUACUACAGGACAGGCACCUUCCCGGAGACGGCCAUGGUGCCCCCACGGCGGCCCUGGACACUCAUAAACUGGUUGUUCUGGGCCUCGCUGCUUCUCUACCCUUUCUUCCGGUUCCUGGUCACCAUGAUCAGCAGCGGGUCUUCCCUGACACUGGCCAGCUUCGUCCUCGUCUUCUUUGUGGCUUCCAUGGGAGUUCGAUGGAUGAUCGGCGUGACAGAAAUAGACAAGGGCUCAGCCUACGGCAACAUCGACAGCAAGCAGAAACAGAACGACUGACUCAGGACAUGUUGCCAUCCAAAGGGGACCUUGGGAACUGGUGGACGCUGCCUUUCAUCCUUGGUGGGACCCAGUGACGAAGCUGGGUGAGCCCCUGCUGGGAAGGCAGGGAGUCUGGUCUCAAUGCCGAAUGGGGAGGAAGACGUGCUUAAAUCUUUUCCCCCAUAUGCUUUAGUGGGUUUCGGUUCUCUUUCUUUUCAUGUGAGUGUGUGUGCGCAUGUGCGUGUGUGUGUAAGAGAAAGAACACGUGAGAAAGAUGCACGGUUGAGCCUGAGCCUCAUUCUGUGAUCACUGAGAUGGUAUCUGAGGCGCAGGGGGAGGGCAGGGAUGGGGAGCGAGGGGGAAGUGUUCCCUUCCAUCCUUUGGUGCUCGGUUUUCUGUAACCCUGGAUUGCCAGAGAUAGAGCGAGAGGCACUCUAGGUGAGAUGACUAAAUUAUGCCUCCAAAAAAAAAAAUUAAAGUACUUGGCUCCUCUGUGGUGUGUUUACACAGACCGCUCCAUCCUUCCAACCCAACCUCUGCCAUGCAUUCUGGUGUCCUGGACCACAGGGCUCUGGAGAGUGCUCUCGAGGAGGGAGCUGGGGGUAGGAGGACUCGGCAUGCCGGUGGCAGGUAGAGGCGGUGGGCAGGCCACCCUGAUGACCACUCCUGGCAGGAGACACAGAAGCAGGAGCCCGUGAGCGCCUGUUUAGGGGAAGAUGGCAGGUGCUGCAGGACUGGCUGAGCACAUCUGUAUGACACAGUGACAGGGCCCCUGUAAGACAGCUUCAGUUUCCCCAAUCUCCCUGCCAUGGAGUCUCCCUGGCCUAAGUCUUUAAGAUGUGCCCAACUCCCUGAAGAAACUGAUCUUGAAACUGAUCGUAAAAAUAAAGCCUGGGCAUUCUGUAGCGAGUGGAGCAAUGACUUUGCAUCCUCUGUUAAUCUCAG